AAUUAUUAUUUAUAUUUACCACAUCUCAGCGAUUUGGAAGUUUGUCUCGGAGAAAAAGAGAACCCAGAUUCAAUUGACUUAAUUGCAGCAAGCAUGUCUGGACAAUUCGCAUACCCACCCCCGCCUAGCCAAGGCUCUAUUUCCUAUCCCAGCAACGCACCCAUCUACUCCCCGCCGCAGGCUUCCCCGGGCUUUCCACCUCCCAACUUCAGCUUCCCUCCGCCAACCCAGCAGCCUGCGCCUUCAAAUGGCGAGAACAAACCUCCUACACCACCAAUGAAUGAGAAAGCCAACCACGUCGCCGAUAACGCCGGAGUAUACGGCGCCAACGCAGCCAUUCGAAGUUCUUCCGAUGGACCGCCGUCAGGCACAACACUCACAAGAGCCCACACGGACAUGUCAAUCGGCAGCAAGUCCGGCCCAUUAGCGUCUGCGAACUUUGUAGGUGCCAUGUCCACAGACAUGGACGAUGUGGGAACCUUCAACGGCGGCAGCUACCGGAUCAGCCACCGCGACACCAACAGUCUCUUAACGAUCCAGCUAGCUUUCGGAUGCCCCCUGCAGGCCCGACCCGGAAUUAUGAUCGCCAUGUCCCCGUCAAUCUCCCUCCGAGGCUCGCUCUCCUUCGGAUGGAUGAAGGCGCUGGCCGGCGGGCAGGUGGCUCGGUCGACGUACACCGGACCCGGCGAGCUUCUCCUGGCGCCGUCCGUGCUGGGCGAUAUCACCGCGCUCCGUCUGGAUGGCACGCAGGAAUGGACGGUGGGGCGAGACGCCUUCCUGGCCUCGACGAGCGGCGUCACGAGCGAGUACAAGACCCAAGGCAUCAUGAAGGGCGUGUUCUCCGGCGAAGGGUUCUUCGUGUACAAGUUCCAGGGCUCCGGGAUUCUCUGGAUGCAGAGCUUCGGCGCGAUCGUCAAGAAAGAGCUAGCCAAAGACGAGAUCUAUUUCGUGAACAACGGACACCUGGUGGCGUGGAACUGUCAGUACAAGAUCGAGCGCGUCGCCUCCGGAGGCAUCAUCUCCAACUGGAGCGCCGGAGAGGGCCUGGCCUGUCGGUUCACCGGCCCUGGGUCCGUGUACAUGCAGACCCGGAAUGUAUCUUCCUUCCUGGCACAUAUCAGUGGCGGGAAAGCUAUCAGCUGAGUACAUUGUAGUAUUCUUGGGACCAAGGUUCUCCUGUCUGUUUAAUAUUCUUUGUUAUAUACCUUGUGUUGUGAUUUGUUUUGCAUCUUUUGUUACCGCAACUAGCACCUGACUGGA